AUGCUGAACUUCUUUUCUCCUCGCCCGGUCGGAUGCAGUGUGCCUUCGCUGGUGCCUCCGGCACAUAUGGGCCACCAAGUCUGCCGGCGAGUGGGGCAUCCUCAUCGAAACCGAAGUAGCAAAGAUCAAGAGGAUGAAGAUGAGCGUGUUCCGCUCGGUGAAGCUGGAGACGUCGGAUCUGGACUUACCCGACGAGUGCAUAGUGGCCUCUUGGCAAAAACUGCGGCGCAUUCCCUACUGGGACGUGUGCGAGAUCAGCUUCACCGUCAAUUCCUGCACCCUCACCACCACGGCCGAAACGGGGGCGAUCAAAUUCCUCACCCUGGAGGGAGUCGAAAUGGCCAGCAUCAUGGAAGACUACAUGUUCUGGCUGCGAGAGGAUUCUUGGUACGUAGUUUGCUUGGGUCCGCGGUGUGGGUGGGUUGA